AUUAUUAGUUCUUCAGAGUUGUUGGUGUUUUGAACAACGCAAUGAAGAUUUUAGUAACAUUAGCGGUGAUUGCGACCGUAGCUGUUCAUGGAAGAGUUUUCAGAAUUCGGAGGAGCUCGCAUCAUGAGUAUAAGAUGUGCGUUCCCGAAGAACUUUUGGGCGCUUGUAACGAAAUGGCCGGUCAAGAAACCAAAACAUCCGCUAGAAUUGUUUGUAUACCAGCACGGGAUAGGGUGGAAUGUAUAGACAAAAUAAAGGAACGGCAAGCAGAUUUCGGCGUAAUGGACCCUGAAGACAUGUACAUUGCUGGAAAUGUCCCUGAGGAAGAUUUCACUGUUUUUGAAGAAAUUCGUACUCGAGAAGAACCAGAUGCCGAGUUCAGAUAUGAAGGGGUUGCUGUAAUACACAAAGAUCUGGAUAUUAAAAAGAUUAGCGACAUUAAGGGGUUGAGGUCCUGUCACACGGGGGUGGGACGUAACGUCGGUUAUAAAAUACCGAUUACGAAGUUGAAGAAAAUGGGAAUAAUUGGAAAUCUUAAUGAACCCGAUUUGUCUCCGAGGGAGAACGAGUUGAAAGCACUUUCGAAUUUAUUUUCUAAGGCUUGCAUUGUCGGGAAAUGGUCACCAGACCCUAAAAUCAAUUUAAAAUUAAAACAAAAAUAUGCAAAUCUUUGUGAACUGUGCGAAAAACCAGAAAAAUGCGAUUAUCCAGACAAAUUCUCUGGAUAUGACGGUGCCUUACGUUGCCUUGCUCACAACAAUGGCCAAAUCGCAUGGACCAAGGUCAUAUAUGUUCGUAAAUUCUUUGGGUUACCAGUUGGUACAACACCAGCGCAACCCUCAAACGAAAAUCCAGACGAUUACAGAUAUUUAUGUCCAGAUGCAACUACGGUACCAAUCAAUGGAAGUGCUUGCCGAUGGGCUGCAAGACCGUGGCAAGGGUUCAUGACCAACGCGGACGUUGCCAAAACAGUUGACGAACUGAGAAGCAAAAUUGUCAAUUUGAAUUCCGUUGGUAGCCAAAGUCACGCAACAUGGUUGAAGUCGGUUCUCGAACUGGACGAAAAAUUGCUGCCCAAAGAAACCAAAAUCAUCUCACCAAAAGAUUAUUUGGAUAAGGCCAAUUAUACUGAUGUUAUCGAAAGGGAUUACGGCCCACCAGUAAAGACCAUAAGAUUCUGCGUGACUUCCAAAGAUGAAUUAGAAAAAUGCAGAACUCUCAGCAAGUCAGCAUUUUCAAGAGAUAUAAGACCAAGAUUUGACUGUGUGGAAGAAAAAGAUGUCGAAGGUUGCUUGAAAACGAUUAGAGAUAAUGGAGCUGAUGUCAUAACCCUUCAUGGUAUAGCUGCUGAAAAGGCCAAAAGUCAAUUCAAUCUCAAGCCGAUAGUUUCCGAAAUAUACCAGGGACAACCUGAUGGUUUCACCCAUACAGUUGCCGUGGUCAAAAAAGACUCUCCAUUCCAGUCUAUCAGCGACUUGAAAGGAAAGAAGUCUUGCCACCCGGCUGUUAAUAGUUUGGGGGGCUCUUACGCUCCAAUCUACAACCUUAUCAAGGAAAAACAGAUCAAGAAGGAAGGAUGUCCUUAUGAAACAGCUCUUGCAGAAUUCUUUUCAGGUGGAAGUUGCGCUCCAGGGGCCAAAAAUCUGACAAACGUUCCAGUCCCUGUUAUCGAAAAACUUUGUAGUCUUUGUGGAGGAAACGUGGAUGCCAACGAUGGUACAUCUUUGGAUAGCAAAUGUAACAGAGAUUCUACAGAAUCUUACUUUGGAUACGACGGUGCUUUUAGAUGUUUGGCCCAGGGAGUCGGAGACGUCGCUUUCGUCCUUCAGGAUACAGUUUCUUCCAACACAAACGGUAAAAAUCUGGAAUCUUGGGCCAAAGAUUUGAAAUCUGGAGAUUACGAAUUGUUAUGUCCAAAUGGUGGCAGAGUUUCUGUUGAUAAGUUUUCCGACUGCUACUUUUCACGGGUUCCGUCGAGAACAGUGUUAACCAGUAACAGCAAGAGCGAUGGAGAAGUGGAUGAAAUAAAAAACGCCCUCGUUUCUAUAAGCUCAUUGUACACAAAAAGACCCGAUUUAUUCAAACUGUUUGGCCCAUUCAAUGGCAAGUCUAACCUUCUAUUCUUGGACAAAACAACGGGACUUGUUUCUCUAAAUUACGAGAGUGAACCGCUCAAGGAAUUUUCAGAGAUGCUUUCUACAUUGAGAACAUGCCCCAGUGAUGCGUUACAGUGAUAAGAUUUUUGGUGUAAAUGUAAAAUCAUUUAUUACAAUAAAGUACAUAGAUACUUAGA